AUGAUCCUUAACUCAGGCCGCCGCACGUGGUUCGAGAGGAUCAGCAUGCUGGUGAUCCUGCUGAACUGCGUCACGCUGGGCAUGUACCGGCCCUGCGUGGACGACGACUGCCUCACCAACCGCUGCAAGAUCCUGCAGAUAUUCGACGACUUCAUCUUCGCCUUCUUCGCCCUGGAGAUGUCCGUGAAGAUGAUCGCGAUGGGCGUCUACGGCAAGGGCACCUACCUGGCGGACUCCUGGAACCGCCUGGACUUCUUCAUCGUCAUGGCUGGGGCGCUGGAGUACUGCAUGCACGUGGAGAACAUGAACCUCUCUGCGAUCAGGACCAUCCGCGUGCUGCGACCCCUGCGGGCCAUCAACAGGAUACCCAGCAUGCGCAUCCUGGUGAUGCUGCUCUUGGACACGCUGCCCAUGCUGGGCAACGUCCUGCUGCUCUGCUUCUUCGUGUUCUUCAUCUUCGGCAUCGUGGGCGUGCAGCUGUGGGAGGGCAUCUUGCGGCAGCGCUGUUUCCUCGACAAGGACGCCAACGUCAGCUACCCCAGACCGCUGGCCACCUACUACAAGUACGUGGAGCAGGACCGCGACUACAUCUGCUCCAAGGCCGACGACAACGGCAUGCACUCGUGCGCCGACCUGCCGCCCUACAAGGUUGGCGAGCUCGUCUGCAACGGCUCGUACAGCGCCGAGGGCGGCAACGACCCCACCAACACGUCGUGCGUCAACUGGAACCAGUACUACACCGAGUGCCUGGCGUCCACCUCCAACCCCUUCCAGGGCACCAUCAGCUUCGACAACAUCGGCCUGGCCUGGGUCGCCAUAUUCCUGGUCAUCAGUCUUGAAGGGUGGACAGACAUCAUGUACUACGUUCAAGAUGCGCAUUCCUUUUGGGACUGGAUAUACUUCGUCCUGCUCAUUGUGAUCGGCUCGUUCUUCAUGAUCAACCUGUGCCUGGUCGUGAUCGCCACGCAGUUCUCGGAGACGAAGAAGCGCGAGAUGGAGCGCAUGCGCCUGGAGAGGGAGCGUUUCCGGUCGACCAGCACGCUCGCCUCGUCCACCAACAACUCCGAGCCCACGUCCUGCUACGCCGAGAUCGUCAAGUACGUGGCGCACCUGUGGCGGCGCGGCAAGCGGCGGCUGCUGAAGAAGUACCACCUGUACAAGAUACGGCGCCAGCAGCGGCUGGAGCAGAAGGCGCGGGGUCCGCCCAACGGCGCGGCUGCGGCCCUGCCCGCGGGCGGCGCCAUCAUCCUGCAGCAGUACCGCGGCGGCGAUGCAGAGACGAGCCAGGCUCGGGUACACAGGGUCGCUAAUGGGUCGCCCUUGGCUGAUCUGUGUGUGGGGCAGAGCGCGCCGCGCGCCAGCCCUGAGGUGUCCGACGUGGACCCUCUGGCGAGCCCGCGCCGGCCCGUGGGCGGCCUGCUGCGCGUGCCCUCCGCCUCCAACGGCUGGAGCGGCGGCGGCGGCGGCGGCGGCGACUCGGGCUCCGGUUCCGAGGGGCUGCUGAGCCCGCCGCUGGACGCGCCGCGCCGCAAGAGCAGCGUCGUCAUGUUCUCCGAGGUGGUGCUGCUGCACGGGGGGGCGGCGGGGGGCGGCGGCGCCGGGGGCGGCGGCGGCCCGGGGGGCGGCGAGGCGGCGCGCAACGUGUGCUCCAGCGAGAAGAUGACGCAGACGGGCGACGGCAACGUGUGGCCCGUGCUGGGCCUGGGCGCGGGCCCGCUCCAGCAGCCUCAGGUGGACGCGGGGGACAGUCUGCUGGCCGCCGAGGCCAUGACCUGCCAGGAGCUGCUGGCCCUCAGCGGGGCGCUGAGCGCGGCGCUGCCCACGGGCCAGCUCGGCCUCGGCUCCUUCUUCUCCUCGCUCAGCAAAGGGCCGGAGCCCUUGCUCGUGGAGGAGCUGCCCCGGAGGUGGUCCAGCCCGGAGGCGUGCUGCGGCGAGCACCCGUGGUCCGCCAUGCUGGAGCCCGGGCCCGGGGGCGGCAAGCGGCGGCGGCGGGGGCGGCGCGGCGGCGGCGUGCCCUGGAGGUGGCUGCUGUCCUGCUGCCUGGGAGCGCUGCGGAGGGCGCAGCGCGCGGUCAAGGCGCUCGUCGAGCACAAGUACUUCCAGCAGGGCAUCCUGCUCGCCAUCCUCAUCAACACGCUCAGCAUGGGCAUCGAGUACCACAACCAGCCGGAAGAGCUGACGAUCAUCGUCGAGAUCAGCAACAUCGUGUUCUCCGCGAUCUUCGCCGUGGAGAUGGUGCUGAAGGUGGUCGCUGAAGGCCCGUUCGGUUACGUGGCCAACGGCUUCAACGUGUUCGACGGCGUCAUCGUGGUCCUCAGCGUGAUCGAGAUGUGGCAGACGUACCUGGGCGAAGGCGAGGGCAGCUCGGGCCUGAGCGUGCUCAGGACCUUCCGCCUGCUUCGCAUCCUCAAGCUGGUGCGCUUCAUGCCCAACCUGCGCCGCCAGCUGUUCGUCAUGCUGCGCACCAUGGACAACGUGGCCGUCUUCUUCUCGCUGCUCGUCCUCUUCAUCUUCAUCUUCAGUAUUUUAGGAAUGUACCUGUUUGGCGGUAAGUUUUGCAUGCUCGCGGACGAGUCGCGUGAGUGCACGUGUGACGAGAUCGUGACGCGCGACGCCAAGUGCGUCUGCGACAGGAAACACUUUAAUAACAUCCUGUGGGCGACCGUCACCGUCUUCCAGAUCCUGACCCAGGAGGACUGGAACGUGGUGCUGUUCAACGGCAUGCAGAAGACCAGCCACUGGGCGGCGCUCUACUUCGUGGCGCUCAUGACCUUCGGCAACUACGUGCUGUUCAACCUGCUGGUCGCCAUCCUCGUCGAAGGAUUCUCCGCGGAGCGCAACGAGCGGCGGGAGCGGGAACAGCGCGAGCUGGCGAAGCAGCAGAGCCUCAAGUACGACUACGGCGACCGGCUGUCCAGCCUGGACGGCUCGCGCACCAGCUCCAGCACCGAGACCGACAGCUGCUACCACCACCACCAGGACAUAAAGAACAAGUGGCGCAGCGCCGAGGAACUGAGGAAGCGCAAGAACGGCCACCGGGAGAAAGAGAACUACUGGAAGCAGAAACAUCAGAACUACGAGUCCAAGUGCAACAUUCAGAAAGAGAGCAAGAUGCUGACGGGCCAGCCGCCCAUCAUCACGCACACGGCCGCCACGCCGCAGGACUCGCCCAACACCACCACCGAGUCGGGCCUGAGGGACUUCAACCACCGGCUGGCGCCCUCCAUCGCGCUCUACGCCUCCUCCAUGUCCAUCGACUCCAUCGACCGGUCCACGUCGUCGCAGGGCAGCAUACCCGGCCUGCUGAAGCUCCCGAACAACAAGUGCAACAACCUGAGCCAGGCGGUGGGUCGGCGGGUGAGCCUGGUGACCGUGGUGAACCAGUCGUCGAGCCGCAAGGACUCCAACCCGAGCAGCCCUCGGAUACAGCGUGUGUGCUCCUGGAAGAUAUCCCGUCCAUCUCUUCGGAGGAAAUCCAGAUGCCAGUCGGGCUCAGAGAUAGAAGAUGCAGAACAGGUUCUCAACAAUAAUCUUCUGCAGCAGCAGCAGCUGCAGCAAGGGGACCACGCGCACUGCAACGGCGGCCUGCUGGGCACCAUCCGCAACGACACGCAGGGCCGCCGCAGCAGCAACCAGCAGCAGCAGCAGCAGCAGCAGGCGCGGCUGGGGCUCAGCCCGCAGGGGUCGCUGCGAGGCCGCGCCUGCUGCUCCGGGCUCGGCCGUCCCGAGGAGGCCUGCAAACCCGUCAACAACCUGGCCGCCAGAGGCCCGGCCGAGCCGUCCCCGCUGCCCCAGGUGCGCAGCCCCGGAGAGGCGAGCCCGCCGCCCGCCGCCGCCCCCAGGGUCGCGCCGGCGCCGGCGCCGCCCCCCGCCGCCGCCGCCGCGGACCCGGCGCCCGCCCCCGACGCCGCCGACGCCGCCCCCGCCCCGCGGCAACACUCGUGGCCCGUGAGGAAGCUCAUCAAGCUGCUGGAGCCGCGCGGAUGCCUCAAGGAGCGCGACGACUACGCCCUCUACCUGUUCCCGUCCCACAGCAGGUUCCGGAGGCUGUGCUGCUGGCAGGUGGAGCAGCGGUGGUUCGACAACGCCGUGCUGCUGUUCAUCGGCCUGAACUGCAUCACGCUGGCCAUGGAGCGGCCCAACAUCCCGCCCGACAGCGCGGAGCGGCUCUUCCUCGCCUCCGCCAACUACGUCUUCACCGCCGUCUUCGCCGUCGAGAUGUUCGUCAAGGUGGUGGCGGCGGGCAUGUUCUACGGCAAGGAGGCCUACUUCACGUCCGGCUGGAACAUCAUGGACGGCUCGCUCGUCAUCAUCUCCAUCAUCGACCUGCUCAUGUCGCUCCUGUCGCACAGCAGCCCCAGGAUCUUCGGCAUACUCAGGGUGUUCCGGCUGCUGCGCUCACUGAGGCCGCUGCGGGUGAUCAACCGCGCGCCUGGCCUCAAGCUCGUCGUGCAGACGCUGCUGAGCUCGCUGCGGCCCAUCGGCAACAUCGUGCUCAUCUGCUGCACCUUCUUCAUCAUCUUCGGCAUCCUCGGCGUGCAGCUGUUCAAGGGCGCCUUCUACUACUGCGAGGGCCCCGACAUCAAGCACGUGCGCAACAAGACCGACUGCGAGGCGGACCCGCGCAACGCCUGGGUCAACCGCAAGUACAACUUCGACGACCUGGGCAAGGCGCUCAUGUCGCUGUUCGUGCUGUCGUCGCGCGACGGCUGGGUCAACAUCAUGUACACCGGCCUGGACGCCGUCGGCGUGGAUCAGCAGCCGGUGGAGAACUACUCCGAGUGGCGGCUGCUCUACUUCAUCGCUUUCAUCCUGCUGGUGGGGUUCUUCGUGCUGAACAUGUUCGUGGGCGUGGUGGUGGAGAACUUCCACCGCUGCCGCGAAGAACAGGAGAAGGAGGAGCGCGUGCGUCGCGCGGCCAAGCGCGCACAGCAGAUGGAGAAGAAGCGACGCAAGAUGCACGAGCCGCCCUACUACACCAGCUACUCUCACUCGCGGCUCAUGGUGCACAACGUGGUCACGUCCAAGUACUUCGACCUCGCCAUCGCCGCCGUCAUCCUGCUCAACGUCAUCACCAUGGCCAUGGAGUUCUACAUGAUGCCCAAGGCGCUGUCGUACAUCCUCAAGAUCUUCAACUACUUCUUCACUGCGGUCUUCAUCCUGGAAGCCAUCAUGAAGCUCGUCUCCCUCGGAUUCAAGCUUUAUUUCAAAGACAGAUGGAACCAACUUGAUGUGAUGAUUGUUAUUCUGUCAAUUGUUGGUAUUGUUCUGGAAGAACUGGAGUCGAAAAUCAUUCCCAUCAAUCCAACUAUUAUUAGAGUAAUGAGGGUGCUAAGGAUAGCCAGAGUCCUGAAGCUGCUGAAGAUGGCGAAAGGGAUCCGGGCGCUGCUCGACACGGUGAUGCAGGCGCUGCCGCAAGUCGGCAACCUCGGCCUCCUGUUCUUCCUCCUGUUCUUCAUCUUCGCCGCCUUGGGAGUGGAGUUGUUCGGCCGGCUGGAGUGCAGCGAGAAGUACCCCUGCCAGGGCCUGGGCGAGCACGCGCACUUCAGCAACUUCGGCAUGGCCUUCCUGACGCUGUUCCGCGUGGCGACGGGCGACAACUGGAACGGCAUCAUGAAGGACACGCUGCGCGACGACUGCGACGACGGCGUGGACUGCGUGCGCAACUGCUGCGUGUCCACCGUCAUCGCGCCCAUCUUCUUCGUCAUCUUCGUGCUGAUGGCGCAGUUCGUGCUGGUCAACGUGGUGGUAGCCGUGCUCAUGAAGCACCUGGAGGAGUCGCACAAGCAGAUGGAGGAUGAAAUGGACAUGGACGUGGAGCUGGAGCGCGAGCUAGCGGCCGAACAGGAAGAGCUCCUGCUGGAAGAAGAGGAAGACCUCAACCUGCAGCAAGCCCUAGAGAUGUCCAUGGAGGCCGAGAACGAACACUUCAAGAAGCCUCUGACCAAAGUUCUCUCGCUCCCGGCGAACUUCACGUUUUCCUCUCCUGAAGACAAAGAGAACUCGCUGGCUGACGGAGGUAAUGCAGCCGUAGUUCUCAAACUGUUGGACGUUGUAGUUUAA